AACACACCACAACUUCAGUUUAUACACACUACUUCCUGUUUCGGAUCAGGUGUUUAGAUGGGAUGAUAGCAGCGCGAGUAGGAUAACAGCAAUCGGAAAAUGCAUUUGUCAGGUUCAGUGAUUUAUCUCCCACACUUCAACUGAACGUUUCGUGGCCUAUGACAGGGAGGAGUGAAAAGCUUUCACCAUGCCUAGCUCCCUCCUGUGGGCGGUGGACGUGUACGGUCGCGUGUACAGCCUGUCCACAGCGGGUCAGCAGUGGGAACAGUGCCGCGACGCGCACCUGGAGUUCAAGCGCGUGACAGCCGUGCGUCAGUGCUGCUGGGGUAUCGCCUGCGACCACAACAUCUACCUGAACGUCCAUGCCAGCGACCUGCCCAUCCGCUACCAGGAAGAGACCUACGAGAACCAGCGGUGGAACCCUGUGGAUGGAUUCUCCGAUCGUCUGUUGCCAAGCGACCGCUGGCAGUGGAGUGAUAUCACUGGGCUCCAGCACCAGCCUCUGGAUAGUUUCCAGCUGCCCUCGGAAAGCUGGGAAUGGGAAGCCGACUGGUACGCGGACGAGAACAUUGGUGGAGAGCCCACAGACAAAGGGGGUUGGACGUACGCCAUAGAUUUCCCAGCCACCUACACCAAAGACAAGAAGUGGAACUCGUGUGUUCGUCGCCGGCGAUGGCUUCGCUACAGGAGAUACAAAGCCAGGGACACCUGGGCCAAGAUUCCGUCCGAGCAGGUUGGCCCCCUACCUGAUCCGUUUAAUGACAUCAGCUGCGGGGGCUGGGAGGUCAAUGAGGAGCCAGCCGGCCGUCUCUCUCUCUGGGCCGUGUCUCUGCAGGGCAAGGUAUGGUUUCGGGAUGGAAUCCGGCACGACAAUCCGGAAGGUUCCGUGUGGGAGGAGGUGAUCCUUCCAGGAGAGGUGGUUCAGAUCAGCUGUGGACCGGCAGACCUGGUGUGGGCUGUGCUGUGGGAGGGACAGCUGCUGGUCAGAGAAGGCAUCGGCCGCGACUGCCCCAAAGGGACCUCUUGGGUGGUGGUGGACUCCCCCAGCCCUGAGGUUGGAGCCAUUCAUGUAGCCGUGGGUGUGAACGUGGUGUGGGCCAUCACAAAGGAUCACAAAGUGUGGUUCAGGAGGGGCGUAAACUCCCAUAAUCCCUGUGGCUCAGGCUGGAUUGGCAUGGUGGGGGAGAUGGUGAUGAUUAACGUGGGCCUCAAUGACCAGGUGUGGGGCAUCAGUUGUGAGGACCGGGCGGUGUACUUCCGGCAGGGUGUGACGAGCAGCGAGCUGAGUGGAAAGACAUGGAAGGCGGUGUCCGUCCCACGCGAUACUGACCGCUCCCACUCCAGUGCCAGCACUGGCAGCAUGCACAGUGCCGGCUGUUUCUUUGGGGGAGAGGUGCGGCUCCAAUCCCAGGGGUCAGUCCUGAGCGACAUGGACUCGGACACGGAGCGUGCCCCAGCGGGAGGGAUCCUCUCCGACCCAGGAGCGCCCGCUGCCGCUGCCGCCGCCACUGCUGCUGCCUCUCCCGCCAUUUUGGCCACCAGCGACGUGGACGUGGACGUCCCCAAACCCCGCAUUCCCAAAGUGACCAGCGACAGCUUCAUCUCGGAGCUGGUGUCGGACCGUGAGGGCCAGCUGGGUCGGCGUGACGGGCCCCCCACUGGCUCGUCCAUCCCGGAGGAAGAGGUGGCACUGUCCUCCACGGAGGCAGGGGACGCCGAGGUCAAGUCACCCCCCGCCCUGGUGCUCUCCCCCAGCCAGGCGAGUGGCCUGCAGGGCCCCCAGUGGAGCAACGUAGACCUGGAGGAGGCCCAGACGCACCUGGCCGUGGGGCCGCCGCCGGAGGCAGCUGACACCUGCAGCCUGUCGUCCGUGGCCACCUACCACCUGGGCCUGGAGGAGCUGUACGGGCCGGACGAGCACCCGCUCUGGGCCUGGGUCAGCGGGGGAGGCUGCGACGUGGACUCGCACUCCCAGCUCAACUGGUUUAACUCCACAGCUAUGAACUCGUCUGUCCAGUCCAUGUCCUUGUCCAUCACGCCUGCGCAGUCUGCUGCGUGGCGCAAACAGAUCUUUGAGCAGCUCAGCGAGAGGUCCAAGCGAGAGAUGGAGAACUUCAGGCACUAUGAGCAGGCCAUCGAACAGUCGGUGUGGGUGAAGAAGGGUUCCAUGCAGUGGUGGAGAGACUGGAAGCCUAACAAGUGGACAGACGUGCGUUUCGCUCUGGAACAGUUCUCUGGUGUCGAGGGCAACAAAGAUGGCAUCCUCUUCAUAUACUACACCUUCAACGACGAGAAGAAGUAUCUCCAUGCGUUUGUCAAUGAGGUGACCAUUCUGGUGCCCGUCCUCAAUGACUCCAAGCACACCUUUGCCAUCUACACAGCGGAGAGGACCAAGCAGAGGUGGCCCAUCCGCCUGGCAGCACCCACGGAGCUGGAGAUGCAUGACUGGCUGGCCCUCCUCAGUGUGUCCUGUUGCGACUCCCGAGGGAUCCACGGUCCACCCUCCAAGCAGGCCAUCUGGUCAAUCACCUGCAAGGGGGACAUCUUCGUCAGCGAACCCACACCAGAACUCGAGGCCUCUCCCUAUCCUAUGCCCUGUGAUCAGAUGUUCUGGCGUCAGGUGGGGGGUCAUCUGCGCAUGAUCGAGGGCAACAGUCUGGGUGUAGUCUGGGGCAUCGGCUAUGACCACACCGCCUGGGUCUACACUGGCGGCUACGGAGGGGGAUUCUUCCAGGGGCUCGCCAGCAGCACAGACAACAUCCACACACAGACAGAUGUCAAGAGCGUCUACAUCUAUGAGAACCAGCGAUGGAACCCAGUCACCGGAUACACUAACAAGGGUCUCCCUACUGACCGGUACAUGUGGAGUGACGCAUCAGGCCUACACGAGUGCACCAAGGCCAACACCAAGCCCCCCUCCCCCCACUGGACCUGGGUGAGUGAGUGGGCUAUUGACUACGGUGUCUCAGGAGGGACAGACAAAGAGGGCUGGCAGUAUGCGGCGGAUUUCCCAGCGUCAUACUAUGGACACAAAACCUUGAAGGACUUUGUGCGUCGGAGGCGCUGGGCCAGGAAGUGUAAACUGGCAACCACUGGGCCCUGGCUGGAAGUCCCGCCCAUCCCCCUGAGUGACAUCACCAUCCUCCCAUGUGACCCCCAGAGCUCUCUGGAGCAGGUGCCCCUGUGGGCCAUCAGCAACAAGGGGGACGUGCUGUGUCGCCUGGGGGUCACCCCCCAAACCCCAGCUGGCACGUCCUGGCUGCACGUGGGCACGGACCAACCCUUCAAGUCCAUCUCCAUCGGGGCCGUCCACCAGGUGUGGGCCAUCGCCCGUGACGGCUCCACCUUCUACCGGGGAUCCGUGUCUGCACAGAACCUCGCAGGUGACUGCUGGUACCACAUCCCUCCGCCGGCCAAGCAGAAACUCAAGCAGGUGUCUGUCGGCAGGACGUCAGUUUACGCUGUUGAUGAGAAUGGGAAUCUCUGGUACAGACACGGCUUGACCCCCAGCUACCCUCAAGGCUCCACAUGGGAGCACAUUUCCAACAACGUGCGCAAAGUCUCCGUGGGACCACUGGACCAGGUGUGGAUCAUCGCAGAUAAAGUGCAGGGCAGCCACAGUCUGAGUUGUGGGACGGUGUGCCGGCGGCUGGGCGUGCAGCCCAUGGAGCCCAAAGGCCAGUCGUGGGACUACGGCAUCGGGGGCGGUUGGGACCACAUCACGGUGAGGGCCAACUGCAUGGAGGCCCAGCGCAUCAGCAUGCCGGCCCCACACAACGGCCUGGCCCAGCAGACGGCCCCGCGCAGCCCGCUGCCCACCCGCCACCAGGAGGACGAGAUCAACGGCGACGCCGUCGGCUGAUAGGCAUCCACACCCCACACUCGACACAUGGUAGCGAGGAGACCCAUCUCCACCCAUCUCCACCCCUCUCCACCUGCCAGCGCCCUUGUCAGUGUCACCCAAACAUCCCCCACUAUGCGCAGUGGGUUUAAAGUUUUAAAAGGAUCAAGCUGUGUUUGUCUCCAAGCUGAAGCUGACCAUUUGUCACUACCACAACAGCAUUUUAAGUACAACUUAGUGAUAGCUACAGUCAGUAAUUUUAGACACACACACACACACACACUCACACACACACACACACUUGGACAUACAUACACAGGUAACAUAAACGUAUACACAUAUGGAUAUUUUCUCUUGUAUGCUGGAGAAAAGUUGAUUAUAUUCAUAACAUAUUUAUUUUCUCACUGGGACAUCCACUCCUCAAGUCGUUUACUCACUGACUUAAUGCGGUCAGGCGACUUCCAUUCAUUCCCUCUCUCCAUUCAGAUCAGUCACUUCCAAACCUGCCAUUCAUCCAGACUGAUCCUUUGAUGGUUUACCCCUCGAUUUUUUUUCUGAUCUGUCUUUUAUAAGUGGUUUGGUCUUAGUAUUUAUUUCACAUGAAUGUGAUUUUGUGGGCAUUUGUUUUUUGUUUAUUAUGGGAUCAUGCAAUGCCAGACACACUGACAGUAUGACUGGGUUGAAAAGAGAGAUCUGACUAAGGCUUAGAGUGGACGAGUUUAGGGUCAACACCCCUCCAACCGCUCUGUGUGACUGAAGCAUUACACUGUUUAUUUAGCUACUGUAGCUUUGCUGUUUUUGGCUAUAAGAGCAUUUUAGCUUUCAAUCAGGUUAUUUAGUAUCAUGUUAUGGUGAAAAACUACUGCCGCAAAAGCUUUUCAAAGUACAGUUUAACAGAAGGUACAGUUAUGUGAUGUAGCACUUGACAAUUGACAGUUUUUUUUGUUGUUGUUGAGGCUUGGAACUCAUGUCUUCCCUUUAGUUUCCCUGUUACUGACACAGACCCCUCUCUCUCUCUCUCUCUCUCUCUUUCUCUCUCUCUAUCUCUCUCUCUCUGUAUCCUUUGCAACAUGACUUGCACUUGCUGUCAGCAGAAUUUGAGAUAUUAAUCUUCAUGCUGCGGGUUGAAGACAUUUUGAAAGGGUUCUUUAUUCAUUCAUGGCAGUUAAAAUUGUGGCUCACUUCGGGGCGUGUGUGAAAUCCAAAUUUAAUGGCCAGGCAUUUUGGUGAAAGAUGUUAAAUAUGUGUUGUUUAAAUGUAUCAUGUGCAAUGAUAAACUUGUCAAGACACUGUAAACCUUUUCUCCACUCAGGAAUAUUCUCACUUCCUCAAAAAGAAAACCAGUUGCUUAUUGAAAGGCACCUAUUUUCAUUGAUCAGGACCAGAAAAAAUGGUAGCACAAAUGCUUUUAAAGGGUUCUAAAAGGAUAAAUGUAUUUUUUGCUAUAAAUGUUUUAUUAUUUGAGUGGGCAUUGCGUUGCAAAACGGCCUAUGUUACUUUGAACAUUGUAUAAGGUCAGAUGAAGCUUCUGUAAAAUUGUGAAAUGUGGAAAAAGUGAAGCGUUUUUUUUUAGCUGAACUGCAUGAUGGGAAGUCAGGGCAUUAUCUGAAGUGACUGCUGUAAAUACUGAAUCCUGGGCUUUUUUCUUCUGUGAAUACGUACAUGUAAAGCCAAACAAACUGAGUGAUUGAACUUCUGCAGAAUUACUGAGUGAAUGCAAAGCAGAUAAGUUGGCCCUCUGGGUGAUAAAGCUGGAUCCUACUGUAAGUGCGAGCACACUACUCUUCUGUCAAAGUCAGUGGACAAAGCAGAGUCGAGCUGUGACCAUUCAUUCAUCUCCCUUACACACGGGAGAAGUAUUAGCAAAAUGUUGUGUGAAUCUGUACACAUUCCAAGCUAAACCUGUAAUGUUGUGCGCACCUCAGAGAGUAGAAGAUGUGUCAUAGUUCUCUUCAUUUUAAUCUUAAUUUAUUCCUUCUACAAUAACAAAGUGGUUAACACUAGAGUACAGUGUACUUGUGGAAUAAAAAAAAAAAAGCAUGGUUUGUGUCUGUUCCAUGGCAGUGUCCUCUCAAUAAAUGUGAGUAUUCUCAA